CCCUUUGGUUCUCGUCCUCGGCAAAGCAAUGGCCUCCUGGUCUUCCAUAACGCUCGCUUUGAUGCUCAUCUUCUCCAUGUCGAAAGCGCAAGGGGCCGGCGUGGAGUGCGAGCGCUUGGACGCGAGCGCCUGCGCCUACGCGGUGUCGUCGUCGGGAAUGCGCUGCGUGCUGGAGAGGAACGCCGGGGGCGCCUACGCGUGCGCCACGUCGGAGAUCGGCGCCGAGGGGUUCGUCGACUGGGUCGAGACGGAAGGGUGCAUCGCGGCGUGCGGCCUCGAUCGGAGAACCGUCGGGAUAUCGUCGGACUCGUUGCUGGACGCUAACUUCCGGCGGAAGCUGUGCUCCUCGGAGUGCUUCCGUGGCUGCCCCAACAUAGUCAACCUCUACUUCAAUCUCGCAGCUAGCGAAGGUGCCUCCUUUUCCUGCAAUUUAGUCGGACCUUCUCCAUGGGAUUCUUCCUGGGAGCUAAGGAGCAGGGAAGAGGGAGGAGAGAGAGAGAGAGUAGCGAAAACGAGCGAGAGGUUGGGGUAAGUGCGAGGCGCUUCUUCGGAAGAGUGAAGCCAACACCGCGGUGCAGCAGAGCGGGGAAGGAGAUAAAAAGAGAGAGAGAGAGAGAGAGAGAGAGAGAGAGAGACUGUA